AGUGCAUACAGAGGUGAACUAUCCAGUAUGAAGGGAAUCGUUUUUCUCCUACUUCUGGAUGCCAUAUCAGGGAGAGAAGCGCUACGCCUAAUCCACUUGCCCGCCACAAGCAACGUGGCUGAGAAUUCUCCACCUGAGACUCCAGUGCACAAGUUUUCCGUGAAUUUAUCAGCAUCGCUGGCACCUGUGAUCCCAGGAUUGCCCCUGAUCAUCAACUCAAGCCCCCUCACUGACGCCUUCAAGGUGAACUGGCUGUCAGGCACCGACUUUGAGGUUGUCACCAGCGGGAACGAACAACUAGACUAUGAAAUGGGACCAAACAUAUUUGAUUUGCAGAUUUACGUUAAGGAUGACGUUGGUGUCUCUGACCUCCAGAUCCUGACCGUCCAGGUAACAGACGUGAAUGAGCUGCCUCAGUUUCAAGGCAACUUGGCAAAAGGUCUAGACCUCUACAUAGUGGAAGGAGCAAAUCCUGGAUUCAUUUAUCAGGUGGAGGCCUUCGAUCCAGAAAACACAAACCGAAACAUACCCCUCAGUUAUUUCCUGAUUUUUCCCUCAACGAACUUCGCACUGUCUGCCAAUGGGACCCUGUUCUCCACAACAGAAUUUGACUUUGAAGCAGGACACAAAAGGUUCAACCUCGUUGUGGGAGUGAGAGACAGCCAAGGGCUGGAAGCUUCCACCACACUCCAGGUGAAUAUUGUGAACAUCAACGAUGAAACCCCCCGCUUUACCAGCCCAGCACGCGUGUACUCGAUUCCCGAGGAGCUGGCUUCGGGCACCAUCGUGGCCAAUAUCACAGCUGAGGACCCUGAUGAUAAAGGUUCUACCGGCUUCCUCCUCUACAGCAUUACCACUGCGAACAGCUACUUCAUGAUCAACCAGUUGACCGGAACGAUCCAGGUGGCCCACAGGCUAGACCGAGAUGCAGGGCCAUUAAGACAAAAUCCCACCAUUUCUCUGGAAGUUCUGGUGAAGGACAGACCCUCGGGGGGUCAGGAGAAUCGCACACAGAUCACCUUCAUUGUGGAAGACAUUAAUGACAACCCUCCUACGUGCACCAAGUUCACCUUCAGCAUUAUGGUGCCUGAAAGAGCAGCCAAAGGGACGUCGCUUCUGGACCUGAACAAGUUCUGCUCUGAUGAUGACAGCAAAGCACCAAACAACCAAUUCAACUUCAGUACGCCAUCUGGAGUGGGGGGUAGCGGCAGAUUUUCACAGGAUCCAGCCGGCUCUGGGAAAAUUGUGUUGACUGGUGACCUAGAUUAUGAAAACACAAGCAAUCUAGCAGCCGGCAAUACGUACGCUAUGAUAAUCCAGGUGCAGGAUGUUGCCCCUCCUUACCACAAAAAUAACAUCUACAUUUACAUCCUCACAAAGCCAGAAAAUGAGUUUUCUCUUGUCUUUGAUAGGCCGUCCUAUAUAUUCAAUGUGUCAGAAUUAAGGCCAGCACGAACCCGGGUUGGACAAGUGCGUGCCACUGAUAAGGACUUCCCCCCGAGCCGCGUCGUGUACUCCAUCUCCUCCGGAGGGGCCAGCCUCCAGUCCCCAAACAUGUUUUGGAUCAAUCCCCAGACGGGAGAACUCCAGCUGGUGACUAAAGCCGACUAUGAAACAACCCCUGUCUAUAUUCUCAGAAUCCAGGCCACCAACAGUGAGGACACAAGCUCAGUCACAGUAACUGUGAAUGUCCUUGAAGAAAAUGAUGAAAAGCCAAUUUGUACCCCAAACUCUUACUUCCUGGCCAUCCCAGUGGAUUUGAGAGUUGGCACAAACAUUCAGAAUUUCAAGCUGACGUGUAUCGACCUUGAUUCCAGCCCUAGGUCUUUUCGUUACUCCAUUGGCUCAGGCAAUGUCAACAGUCACUUCACUUUCUCUCCCAGUGCUGGGUCCAAUGUGACAAGCCUGCUCCUUGCAACACGCUUUGACUAUGCCAGUGGGCUUGACAAGAUCUGGGACUACAAACUACUUGUCUACAUAACUGAUGACAACUUGCUGUCUGGCAGGAAGAAAGCUAAGGCUCACAUUGAAACAGGGACAGUGACGCUGAGUAUUAGCGUCAUUCCUGAUCCAACCACAAUUGCCACCACAACCACCAAGAUCAUCCGCCAGGUCCUGAGAGAAAACGUCUAUUCUCCAUCAGCAUGGUAUGUGCCUUUUGUUAUCACUCUGGGCUCCAUACUGCUUCUGGGCCUCCUGGUGUCCCUGUUCGUCCUGUUGGCCAAAGCCAUCCACAGACACUGUCCCUGCAAGACUGGGAAGCACAAGAAACCUGCGGUGAAGAAAGGCGAAAUGAAGAAUACACAGAGAGAGGUUUUAGUGGAAACAAUCCAGAUGAAUUCUGUCUUUGAUGGAGAAGCCAUUGACCCAGUUACUGGGGCAGUGUAUGAAUUCAACUCAAAAACUGGAGCCAGAAAGUGGAAAUAUUCAUCACUCCAAAUGCCAAGAUGGCAAGAGCCCAGCCCCCACGGAGCUGCUCCGAGUAGAUCUGUCGCUGGAGAAGGGGCCAGACCAGCCGGGAGCACUGACGUUCCUUCUGAAGAAGAAAUCUCAAGCUUCUGUGAUCCAAUCUGGCUGGGAAGGAAACACUACCCCACGCUGCAUUUUAUCCAGACUUAGACGGCCAAAUUACUUGUGUUAACUGCCUUCCAUUGGUUGCAAAGAUCAGAGAUGCACAGAUUUUACUGGCAGGACGCAUGUGGCAGUAAAGAAUCUCGGCCUUAUGGUUUGAUUUCUCCGGCACCCAGAAGACACAGAAGACCUGACUGUCUCAAGUGUGGUGUCGUGGAUGUGGGUCGUACUGGUGCCAGCCCAGCAUUGCUUGGACAGCCUUUCUAAGUUACGAAAGUAGGCCAUGUUACAGGCAUGCCUCCACCAGGGUGGAGAUCAGAACUCAGUUUCCCAGACUAACUCUGCAGCUGCGACACAGGCAUGUGUCCCAGGCUCUGCCCAAUUGGAUGUAGCAACUUGAAACUUCAAUACGGAAGAAUGAAAAGCAAGAAAGCAGCUGCUGCAUGGGGUUGCAUCUUGAUGCUUGGGGGUGGCAGGUGGGGGCUGGCAGGGAACGUGGAGCCCCCUGGAGGCAGCAGGGGCAGAGAUGCUUCCAGUAGGAAGAGGCCAGGGUAGUGGGCUCAAGCCUGUGCCUGGAUAGAUGGGGUAGGGACCGGGGCAUUGUUCGUGGCUGCGGAGACUCACGCCCCGUUCUCUGAUUCUGCCAGAGAUUCCAGGAGCUACUAAUGUCCUUUAAGAUAUUCUUUUUCUGUUAAAACAAACUAGAGUGGAUUUUGUUGUUUGUUGAU